UCGCUUACUAAUGGCCGAGCCGCGCUGUUAUGCUCCACGCCCUCUGCAUGACGUACGUCCGCUCCCGCGCACCUGACUGGCCGCCGCGAGGACAGAAAGGGUGGUCUCUCGCGCCGGUCCCCGCCCUCUGAUGGUCUCCGGUCAGCGGCUCCCAAGCUGUCUGCAUAGGUGAGUGCGAGGCCUCGGUCGGCGCAGCCGGCAGUUUGUAACGGUAUCGGAGGCGGAGGGGAGCUGCCGCCCGGCGGGUUAGUGCUGCCCUGGCUCGGUGAGAGGGGGAGCCGGGCUGUGUGGGCUCCGCAUGGUGUGCGGGAGGGAGGGAGGGUGACCUGGCUACCGGCGGUGUCCUUCCCCGGUCCCACGUGUCCGGUACGGGCUGCCCGGGCUCCGUGCUGGCGGUACACGCAGUAACGUUAGAGCCGGAGCUGUGAUUGCAGCCGGGGGGGGGGGGGCGGUCCGUGUCCGUGUCCGGCCCGUGUCUAUAUAUAGCGGCCCGCAGGCGGACUCUAUUAAUAGCUCCCACGUGGGGACACCGGGCACCGGGCAGGGGGGCGGGAGGGACACGUGCAGCGUGGGGGUAAACACAGAGCGCCCCCCACCGACCGCGUGCGGCCCCCAAACACCCAGCCUGGACAGCCUCGGGGGGUGACUGUCAGUGUGCUCCCCUGCCAGGCUGAGUGCACGGGCUGAGCGCUGGCCGGCCGUGUGCUUCCUGCAGGUGGCUUUGUCCUUGGCUGUGCCAGCACGGUGACUGUCAACCUACUAAGGUGUCUGUUUUAUUAUCUGGCCCCUCAGGCAGUGUGUGUGUGUGUGUGUAUGGGUGCUGGCAGUGUGUGUGAAUGGGUAUGGUACCAUGUCUUGAGCUGGUUCACCAAGGUCACACUCACUCACUAACACUGGGUGUGCUGUAAAGGUCACACUGCCUGGCGGGUACAUGUGUUUUACACAGAUUUAUUGUAGGCCACGAUCAUUGUGUUAUCAGUGCAGUUUGUGAAGGGUGUGCUGGUAUGAACAGACCUGUCUAAGUUUCUUCCUUUAUUAAGUUUUACAAAUGUGUUUGUAACUUGUGUCGUAAACGGGCUACCUCUCUGUAAAAAAACAGGAUUUGGUUAGUCAUUAAUGGAAAGUAUUUCAGCCAGUUUCUAUAAUUGUUCGUUUUUUUUUUUAAUUUUAGUUUUUUACAUUCCUUGCUCUCAUGGCUUCCUUGUUGUGUAUUCCUGUAGUAAUAUUGACAUUUCAUGUUUUCGUUUUUUUUUUUUCUUCUAAACAGUCUAGGUAUUUUUAACAAAAAACAUUUACAUAUUGUACAAAAAUGUAAUAAACCUUAAAAAUAUAUAUCACUUUUAUUUUUUUUUCUUCUUUUUUUUAUCAAGGUUGUUUGCCUGCCAUGCAGGUUAAUACUUUCAAAUUGUCACAACUUUGUGUAGCAUGGUGGGUGAAAGAAUUACUGACAGUCUACACUUUUUUGUUUAUACCAACAACAAUGUCUGCUGUGCACUUCAAGGGUCAGAGUAGAUAGUUUAACACAUUUUUGUUUCUAUUUCCCCAUCUAAUUAUUUUUAAGUAGAUCUGUUUUUUUUCAUUGACUAUUAUGGAAAAAUGCAUGAAGCCGGUGAUGUCCAGGUGUGUGCAGCCAUUUAAUAAAACCCAUAUGUUUGGCCCAAAUCCCUCAGCCCCUCUUUUCUAUCAUAAUGUCCCUCUUUUCUAGGAGCUGAUGUUGUUGGUGUGUCAGUGUAUAACAGAGAUUUAAAUAAAUAAUAUCUCACAGUAAUGUGUCUAUUAAGAACACUAUUUUUGUUUAAAAAUUAGUUACAUUGUUCUUGUUGUAAAUUAAACUUUUGUUGCAUAUAGUUGGUAAAUCUCCUAAAACUUCUCUGAACAGUCACACUUUUAAAGGGACCAUGUAGGCACUGAAGUGGUCUGCGUGCUGACUUCAGCUCAUUGAAUGUCCCAUCACCCUUAACACUAGGCAUGUAAUUAUUGCAGUUUUUAUAAACUGCAAUAAUUAUCUGCUAGGGUUAAUUUCUCUAAUGGCUGUCUACCAGAAAGCCACUAGAGUGACUUCUGUGUUCGAAGGCGACUUUUGGUCGCCUAAAUAAACAUCAACUUAAUUGCCAUAGGAAAUGGUGAAAUCCUAAUGUGAUCAUUGCCAUGCAUUAGAUCUCUCCUGCCGGCUGACCUCGGUGGGGAAGGAGUGUGGGCUGAGCCAGCGCGAGGGAUUUCGACGCUGGACCCAGUUAAGUGACAGAAGGCGUUAUAAACACCACCUCCUCCAUGGGGCUUGAUAGUGUGGGAAGCUAUAGUAAAAGGAAAGAGUUUUUUUUUUUUUUCUGGCACUAUAGUUUCUCUUUAAAGGGUUACUCCAAGCAUCAUAACCACUGUAGCCUGGUGUAAUGGUUAUGUAGAUAGUACACUGGCCCGACUUCCCAGUAAUGGGGAAAACCAUUCCGUGAUGGCUUGGUCUUCAGUUCUCGCUUUGACAAACACGAUUUUGCAGAAGCUGCAAGGUGAUGUAGCCGCCAUUCAUUGGCAGAGAGUGCCAGCUGACUGAUUUCAGAAAAUGACUGUCACACUGUGCAAAAAAAAAAUUGCACAAAAUUAGCCAACAUGGAACUUUUUUUUUUUUUUUCACCACAUGAUGCUGCCAGUGGAGAAAGGGAGAAAGCACCUAAUGAGUGUAAGUAUGGCAGGUGUAGUUUCCAACAAAUGUUAACAUAGCAGUGUCUCAGGAACUGCACUGUCUUGCAGAAAUAAAGGGACAUGGUCUGUGCACCAACAACACAACACCCUCUUCCCUUUCUGUAAUAUGACUUUCAUAAAGAUUGAAUCUUUGUGGAAGUGUCAAUCCCCUGGCCGUAACCAGUGACUACUACAGGGAGUAGACUCUUGUCUUUAAAGGUUCUAGUGGAUCUGUUGCUGAAGCAGACUUGUACCUGUCUGCAAGGUACAGGUUCAGGUAAGUAACUCAUCUUUGUCUGCCACCAGACCCUCGGCAGCGAUAUCACAGUUGUGAAUUUUGCAAAGUCUAGACGAUGUCAAUGCCACUUCUAGUUGAAGCAGGUUUUGGUGUCUGGCAUUCUAUUUUUACUCCUGAUCUCAUGAAACUAUAUCAUGCAGGAAAUCGCGCAAGUUCUCCUGUCUUGCACUCUUUGUAGGUCAGGAUUUAAUGAUUUUGCAGCUGCUGCUAAAAUAUUUUUUAUUUUGAGCACUUUAGUUGUUAAGUAUAUUAUUCCUUAUCACAGACUGGCCAUUGCCAAAUGACUGGAAGAGGAGGAAUCCUUUGGUUCACCUUCUUGUAAGAUUCACAUUUCAACUUCAGAAAAUAAGGCAUAAAUUAUAGAGUAGAUAGGGAAAUUUGACACUGGGAAGGCAAGCUAGAAUCAGCUGAUGUCCAAUAUCCUCUUGAAUUGUGCUACCUGUUGCUUAAAGAUACAAUCCAGGCUCCAAUACAAAUUUAAUGCAUUUGAUAGCUUUCCUCCUCAUUAAUAUGGUGUAUUUUUGGCAUGCUAAAAUCUUUACAGUUUUUGUGCAAAAAAUGUUUUGCAGGAUUUUGCACCAAAAGCCUGACUCCUUAACUACACUCCUCAUGCCAGGAAGACUUCCUUAUCAAUAGGAUGCACACAGUCUCAGCAGCACAGAGUGAGCAGAUUUGAAUUCACAACCUGGCUGCAGAAAAAUAAAGUACUAUGUGAUAUCUUUAAUAUAUGGCUCUCUGGGUAUCUUCUCCUUUGUUCAAAUUAUUCAGUCAGUGGCUGAGCGGUGUUCAUGCCUGUUGGUAAGGAAUUCUUUUUCUAAAUUGCAGGGUAGCUGCUAAAGAGGCAGGCUUAUGAUGUAGCAGUCUGCAAAACAUGUUUUAUUUUAUGCAAAAAAACAAAACAUACAGCAAAUUAGUGAGGCAAAUGCCUUAAGGUAGCUUUGGAGCCCAGAAAGUCCCUUUAAGCAGCACUGAAAAACAAUUUUCUAUUUAAGUUUACACAGGCCCAUGACCUUUUUAGUGUCAAAGAUGCUGGUUCUCUGGCAAAUUUAUACUUGUGCUCAGCGAUCUAUUAAUAGCGAGACAUUUGCCUUGGGCAGCACUUUCCAGGAGGGCAGCAAAAACCGUUGCCCCACAAAAUGCCCCAGUAAAUGCCUUGCUAGCCUUUUGUCCCGCCCUCCCCUCGAGGCAGGCGACAACUAGCUUCGUGGGGGGGAGGGGGGCAGCAAGGGAGUGCUCAUCUUGAAGCUUCACUCUCUCGCGCCCUUCUGUGAUGCUGGGAGCCGGAAUAUGAUGUCACUCCAGCCCUGGCAUCAGUAAGCGUCGUGUGAGGGAGUAGAGCAAGAUUACAGCUCCCUCGCCAUCUCAAUUCCGCGCCCAGCAUCCACAGGAAACCCCCUCCCACUUCCUCCCCCUCAGCAGCACAUGAGCCCCUACACUCUCUCUCCCUCCUCACCCACCGCAGCACAGGAGCCCCCCAGCCCACACUCCCUGUUUAGCAGCAGAAGAGCCCCCACACUCCCCAAUUCCUGCCCCCAGCAGCACAGGAGCCCCCCCCUUGCCCCUCUCCAGCAAAGAAGCCAGCAGCACAGGAGUACCCAGCCAGCAACAGCCACGCUGGACCACAGAGAGAAUCCACUCCUCUAGGUAAGGAGCCUGGAUGGAUUUAAAUUAAAAUAAUAAAAGUAAUUUUUGAAUGUAUGAUAAAAUGUGUGUCAGUGUGUUGUAUCAAAUCAGUGAGGAUCUAUGUGUCACUGUAUGUGUAUCUGAGUGGGUGUGUUGGUUAAAGUGUGUGCCAAUGACUGUAUCAGUUAGUGAGUGUAUGUCCGUGCAUGUGUCUGUGAGGAUGUGCGUCUGUCAAAGCGUGUGUUGGAUUUAAAUAGGAAGGGGGACGGCAGGGCAAAAUGAAUAAGGGUGUUGCCAGAGUUUAGUCCUGCCUACAAAUCAAAGAUACACCACUGCCUGUGAUAAAGAAAAAGCGUAAACUGGUUCUGGUUGAAUAGAUAUGCAUUACAACACACAAGAUUACUGUGUUCAGAGGCGCAAUUCCAUACACUCUCGCAUUCUACUAGACACCAGAAAUCAUAACCACCCUCGUAAUGCAUAGAGAAGGAGGUGGGAGCAAGAUAUUAAUAGACGGUCACUUCAGAGUUAGGAACUCUGGGACAGGAUGUCAAUUUUAAGUGUGGUCCUGAGCUCACACAUUAACAAUCAAUACUACAAAGUGAAGACAAAAGUGCUCCCAUUUGGUAUAGAGUAACGUUUCUAUCUCACAACUAGCUUGUGAUAUUAGGACUUCAGAAUAUUGGGACUCCAACUCGUUUGAUCCAUAUGUAAUUAUGGGUGAUAUUCUCCAUUUAGGGUAGAAGCCAGUGGUUCUCAAACCAGUCCUCAUGGCCCACCAACAGUCCAGGAUUUAUGUAUUUCCCUGUUUUAUUCCAAUGGAGAUUCUAACAAAAUCUGGACUGUUGGUGGGUCUUGAGGACUGGCUUGAGAAACGGUGGUAUAAGUGAAUGAUUUCUGAUAACAGUGCUUGCAAGAAACUCUAUUUUGUAACAUGUUUUAGUUCUAGAGCCUUGAAUCUAUGGGAUGCCAUCACCCCAGUUUUUAUCAAGUUAUGUCCAUUUUUAUUAAAUAUCUGUUUUUCUCUGGUACCCUUAGUCUGUUCUGCGGUCUAAUUGAUAAUCCAAAAAUUAUAUUUGCACAUUCUCAAAUGUGAUGGUCUACUGAGCAUACUGUGGGCAGGUAAAUGGUUUUGGUGCUUAGUGUAAAGAUUACGAACGGUUGUCAUCAAAGCAACUCAAUACCAAGAGUGGAAGUAAAAGACACUGCUGAUAAACACCCCUUUCUUACUUGGAAUUUUUUUUAAAACAGAUACAAAAAUAAUUUGAAUGUUUAGAUUGGUGGGUGUGUGCAUUUGUGUCAAUGAAAUAUACAAAAAUGUGUGCUUCAGUUUUUUUUAUAUGUACCGUAAAGGGUAGUAGAACAGCGCAAAAGCUGAAUCUCUUUGCUGCAUAGUUAAAGGACCACUCUAGGCACCCAGACCACUUCAGCUUAAUGAAGUGGUCUGGGUGCCAGGUCCUUCUAGGGUUAACCCAUUUUUUCAUAAUUAUAGCAGCUUCAGAGAAACUGCUAUAAUUAUGAAUGGGUUAAGCCUUCCCCCUAAUCCUCUAGUGGCUGUCUCAUUGACAGCCACUAGAGGCGCUUGCGUGCUUCUCACUGUGAAAAUCAGUGAGAGCACGCCAGCGUCCAUAGGAAAGCAUUGUAAAUGCUUUCCUAUGAGACCGGCUGAAUGCGCGCGCAGCUCUUGCCGCGCGUGCGCAUUCAGCCGGCGGGGCGUAACGGAGGUGGAGAGGAGGAGGAGAGCUCUCCGCCCAGCGCUGGAAAAAGGUAAGUUUUUACCCCUUUCCCCCUUCCAGAGCCGGGCGGGAGGGGGUCCCUGAGGGUGGGGGCACCCUCAGGGCACUAUAGUGCCAGGAAAACGAGUAUGGUUUCCUGGCACUAUAGUGGUCCUUUAAACUUCAAUCCAUUUAUGACCUACCCUCUUAGAUACGUGGUGCACUUGCUAGUUUUGCGUUCUGAAAAGUUAAAUAGGAAAUCCGCCAAUGGAAUGAACCUCUAGUUUCACUGGUUUUCAUAGUGACUCCCACACUUUUAGUACUUUCAACCAUUUUUCAGAGCUGAACACAUUAAUAAAUCUUCUAUAUUGUGUAAGAAAUGGCAUGACUGUUGGCAAAAGGUGUCUUACAUAUGCCUUUACCAAAGGUGCAAUAAACCAUAGAGAUUACUUUUUUCUUUUCUAAUUUCCCCCCAGUUCUCGUUUUUCCUACUUAUCAGUAUGUCCUGGGCAUGGUUAGAAAAUCACAAAUUGCCUUAUUGUAUAGUUAUAGUGUAUAGUUUUAUGGUAGUGAAAGAGGGGGUCUGGCUAGCUAACAAUGAUUCCUUGUCUCUGAUUCCUUCCUGUGGCUGUCUAUACCUUUUUAUGUAGUCUUUCCAUGGCUACAACUCCAAUCUUUUGCUCAUUGUGAUGUUUGUUUACUGGUAGUAAACAGGCGCCUCCCUUGGCCAUCUGUCAUUGCACCCGGCAAUUAGUUUGAUAGUUAACCUUUCUGUUAAGUCAUCAGAUUAUGCAGUGCCAAAUGUCUUCAAGACCCUAGUAGACACAUACAGUACAUAUGUAGUGCCCUGUCUAUAUAAGCUGUUCUUUUUAAAACUACUUGGUAUUUACUUUUUAAAAAAUCUUCCUGUCCUUUACUUGGAAAAAUAAGAUGUUUAUAAACUUAACCUCUUAAGGACCAAGGCUCUUAUUGAGAUGCAGCACAUUUAUGACCAAGGGCUUUUUGGCACUUUGUAUCACAUUUUUACCCUUUCUGGUUAAAGGGACACUAUAGUCACCAGUGCAACUACAUGUAUUCCUGACCCUAUAGUGUUAACACCACCAUCUAACCCCCCUGGGCACCUCAUGCCUCCAUAAAUAUAGUAAACAACUUACUGUAUUCAAGCCAGAAGCUGUAACUCUGCAUGCUGUUAGACUCAGAAAAACAAGCAGUCUGCUGACCUCAUCAGAAGUAGUAGCCUGAUCCAAUCACAAUGCUUGCCCAUAGGAUUGGCUUUGACUAACAAAGAGGCAGAUAUGGGGCAGAGCCAGCAUGAUUCAAACACAGCGGUGGCCAAUCUGCAUCUCCUCAUAGAGAUGAAUUGAAUCAAUGAAUCUCUAUGAGGAAAGUUCAGUGUCUGCAUGCAGAGGGAGGAGACACAGUGCUUCCCUGUGCUCUGCCGACAGCAGAUCUGAGUGGAUUGAGGAGUUUUAUGCCUCAAUCAACUCAGAAGUCCCUCUGGUGGCAUUCCGAAUGACUGCAACUGGAGGUGUUCCUAGCUAGAAAAUAGUGUUUACAUGAGAGAGGCUGCAGGGAGCUAUAGUUCUCACUUGAACAACAUCAUUAAGCUGAAGUUGUUCAGGUGACUAUAGUGUCACUUUAAGAAGACCCAUAUUAUUUAUAUAUAAUUUUUAAAGGUGAAAUAGGGCUAUUUUGUAUGUAUACAUAACUCAAUAUUAAAUAUAGAUAGAAUAUUAAAGGGGGUUAGUCCUCGCCCAGCAAGCUGAAGUGUGUUUUGAGGUGUGGAGUGGUCCUUUAAGAGCAUUUUGACACUUUUCAGUAACCAUUUUAUAAUGCAUUUCUGCCAAAAAGUUAUUUUUAUUAAUGGUUUUGCAUUUUUCACAUGUUUUUAUUUUGGGGAAAUUCAGACACUGUUUCUCUACUGUAAACCCACCAUAAUUGUAUUCUGAUCUCAGCAUUGGGCUUUCCCAGCUCUCACAGUACAGAACAAUCUUUACUGUGAUUGGAGCAUAAGAGGGAGAUCACCCUCUCAUGUGGCAGCUCCUAAAACUGAUUGGUGCUGGACAACACCAGUACUGAUUAUUUGACAGAGGGGCUUACAGGAAGACCUCAAAUGGUCUUUUCAUAUGGUGGGUGUGUCCCUCAACAUGGGGGCAGACUGUAAAUCCUUUAAAAUCACUGCAGCCGAGUUAUUCCAAGGGCCAUGUGCAGCGCUCACUUUGUGCUAAAAUAAAAAAGGACCUGCAUUUGGCCUACAUGUAUAGAUCAAUGUCACUUUGUUUUAUAUCUAAUAAUGGCCCAUCUCCGCACUUCACAUUGCUUUGUGUACCGUAAUAUAAUACAACCAGGCUUUAUACAAUGAUAUUCUAAGCCUAAAUAUUCCAAGUUUGUUUUCUCUCAGGCUUGCUUGCAGCUGUAUACAUUUAUCAAACACAUGAUGUUACUGCUGCUAGGAAGCCAUACAAGGCUGUCUUGGCCUUGCACUAGUUUAGGGGUAAUUCUGUGAGGCAGAAUUUCUACAACUGACAACUCCAGUUGCAGUGUGACUGGAAUACAAAAGGCCCAGAUUUCUCAAGAAUGAUCCUGGUAAUUUCUCUAUCCUGUGGGCUUUCUGUCCUGACUGUGUUUGCAUGCCUAGUUUGUACUGAUAGUAAAUUGAUAGGAUGAGAUCUCUUCCCUGUGAAGUAAGUUGCAAAAUUUUUAGCGGUCAAGUUAUGAGGAGGAGCAGCAACAGGGUGAAGAGAUAAAAGUAUGAAAGAGGCAUUUUGGUUCGCAGGACAUUGUGGUUAUGAGGGUAUUGAAGUUUUCUUUUGCAGAGGAAAGAACCAAGCUGAGUGAGUAUAGCUUAAAAAUUUAUAUUGGCUGAAUUCAAACGCAGAAUGACACUUUCUCAAGCAGCAUUCAGCAGUUCUGGAGCAUUUUUAGAGGUACCUGGUUAUCUUGCUGUGCUAUUGGUGCCUCUGGUUACAUUUAAAUGUAGGAGCUGCUGUGCUGUUUAGUUGAGAGGGGAGGGUUGAGUUGGAGGGAGGUUGCAUAGGGAAGAUUAGGUUUUAGUUGGGUAGAAGGAGAGUUUGGAUGAAUGCAGUGUGUUUGUGUAGUGUGUGUAAACUGGGUGGGGGGAGGGAAUUUUUAUGUAAUUUUUAUGUUUAAUGUAACUUUUUUUUUUUAGACCCCCGCUUCAUACUUGGACAGGGAGGAGGUAUAUGUCCAUCCCUGGUGAUCCGGUGGCACGGGCUGUGCAAUGGGGACCCGCAGAAGCUCUUACUUACUUUGCUGUCCUGGUAGGGCCCCACAGAAGCUUACCUUCCCAACAGCUCCCGGUGUAAAUCACGCGGGACAUGCGAGAUUUAGACAGGGGAGCUGCUGGGAAGGUAACUAAGAGAUUCUCUACCCACCUUCUCCCACCUUUAAUUUUUUGUUUCAACAAAUAGUAUUGUUUAUUACAUCAUGCAUGUGUGAAAGUGGUGACACAAAAGCCAUCCACAAGUGUCAAGUACAGCUUGUGGAGUAGCUUACACUUAUGUUGCAUGUUUUUGCUCUACUCCAUGUGCUCACAUCUCCCACCCCAUACACCAACCUGCACCAUUUCUCUCAAACACCUUAUGGCAUAACAUCUGGCUAUUAUCUAGAGAGGCUGUUCAUCUAGGAUUUAUUGAAUUAUUUAUUGAGGUGUUUUAGUUGAGCUGUCUGCAUUCUAAUGACAUCUGUAAAUCCUACAACUAGCUUUGUUCUUAAACUUCAUUCAUGAAAACCAUGAACAUUUUCAUUCAGGUUUUAAUGCAGAUGGUUCAACCUUUCAUAAACCUCUGCUGUACUAGAGACUAUAUUAAUAAGUACAGUUGGUCAAAGGCAUUAAUUUGAAAAACUUUCCAACUAAAUGUGAAUUUGUAUCUGCAUUUUUUUUUCUUGUAUAGCACAAGGUAAUGUUCUAGCUCUGCAUUUACUUUUGGUGGUCAUUCUGUGUGUAUGUAUAAAUUUUCUUGUCUGUGCAUAGCUGUAGAGCGAUCUAUAGAGGUAUGGCUAUAGCGUGGUCUAUAGAGGUAAAAAUGUGUGUGUAUAUGUUUAUUUUUUUGGUGGUUUGUUUUACCUAUGACUCUGUGCUCUUCUUUCAGAUUUCACUGACCUUUUUAAAAAUGUCAUCAUUUAGCUUGAGCAAAAUCCUCCCAAUCAUUGUGCCAGCUGCUGUUGCUAUUGGUUGUUGGUGGUAUUACUCUCGGAAGAAGAAACUGAACCAAAGUAAACCAGAGCCGGUUGCUUGCCCUGCAGACUCUGCACACAUAGAUGCUUUUGUUCCAACAGAAGUUGUGAAAAAUGCAAGAACACUACCUUUGCAGGAGGGCAUUGAAUCACGUCAACGUAGCUUGUGUUCGGAUUUGUCUUCAAAGCACAACACUGCCAUCCUGAUCUCAGACUUGAAGGGUCCAUCUAAGGAUAUUUUACAGAAUGAGUCAAAAGUUCAAAAUGGUGAGAUUUGCCCCUUGCGACAAACCACAAACUGUGAAGAUGUUCCUGCGCCACUUGCAACUCAACUAUUUAAACCGCAAGGUGAGACACUGACAGAAAGUUGUUUGGAAUCUGAAGACCUUUUCCUCAAUGGUUUGUGUGCAGGGUAUUGUGUCAGCCACACAACACAAACAUGCUUAACAGAGAACACAAAACUGCCAACAGAUCAGUUAAGCAAGACAGAUGACAGGCAAGCAGAGCUAGACACUGACUGCAUUCAAGAGACCCUUACUAAAACACCUAGGCAUAUGGACACUUUUGUCCUUGAGUGUUCCACUGAAAAGCUUUCUCAAGCUGAGGGUGUGCAGAAACCAGUUUUGCUACAAGUUUCCCUGAUUGAGUCCUCUUUGAUGGAAAAUCAGAAUUCCCCUCUUGUGCUGAAGGAUUCCUGGAUCAAAGAGUCUUCCUGUGCAGUAGACCAUAACACACAGCAUUCUACAGUGUGCGUUUUGAGGGCGGAGAUGGACACUGAGGCUUCACUGGGAGCAGAGGACAUAGAAAAAGGUACAAAUUCAGACAGACUUAAAAUGGCUUCAUGCCCAGAUUUGGAAAUUUUCCAUGGGUGCUCUGAUGAUGCCAGUACCAAAAAUAUUUUUGGAAACUAUGAGGCCAAAAUGGUUGAGGAGCUGGCUAUCAAUAUUAUUUCCAAAGUGAUUGUAGCAGCUAAACAGGAAUUAUUGGCCAGCGCAGUGAGAGAUCUGUCUGAUGGGGAUUACCUGGAAACUGAUGAAAGUGCCUCAGAGAAAAGUAUGCCACUAGUGCUGGAGCAAAAUGGUGCAACCUCCCAUGAAGAAGGUGAUAGUUUUUCCACAAGGGACUCUGCAUGUGAGUCUACACAAACAGAACAGAAUCAAGAAGAUGAUUUAACAAAUGUAGAUAACGAUCAGGCUUGUCUGGAGGAAAGCAAUGCAGAUCUGAUGCAAAGAGACUCUGAGUGUGCGGAAGAGAGAGAACCAAUCUUUAGUCCAGUCCAUUUAAGUACAGAUUCCUUUGAUGAAGCCCAUGUAGCUAUAGAUGACUCUAGCAUGAGUGCCUGUACAUCAGAAGAUGGGGUGGGCACAGAAGAUCCCAUGCAGAGCACAGUUCUCUCAAGUCUUGGCAUUGGGUCAUAUGACUCUUUGAGCACUUCAGGUAUUGAAUUGUCUAGGGAUCAGAUUAGUGUACGUAAGAAGAAAGUAAAAAAGGAUAAGACAGCAAGAAAGCAUUUUCUUAUACCCAAUGGGCAUUCACAAAGCUCUUCACUUGACUUGAAAGGAGAAGGUGCAAGUACUUCAGAGACAGAGAUUGACCACUCAGGAGGUAAGGGUUUUUUGUUUUUGUUUUUUUUUUAAUGUUAACUCUGCUGCCUGCAUUUUAUUUUCUUAAAGGAACACUCUGGCAACAUAAGUUUAUUGGAAUUUGUUAUGGCAGGAGGUCACUGGCACCAACUUACCAUUGGGAGUUAAAGGGACACUAUAGUCACCAUAACAACUACAGCUUAUUGUAUUUGUUCUGGUGAUUAGAAUCAUUCCCUUCAAGCUUUUUGCAGUAAACACGGUCUUCAAAAAAAAAAAAAAAGUAGCGUUUACAUUACAGCUUAGUGAUAACUUCACUGGUCACUCCUCUGGCUACGAUAGGUGCAUCCUGGGGCAGCGGAUAAAAAAAAAAGCCCUCUCAUGCCCUCCCAUGUCAGUUCAGUCUGUGCCAAACAUAUGGAAGGCUGUGCUUUGGAUGUCUGAUAUCCGAGAACCUGGGCAGGCCACCUACUUGAAUUCAGCCCAAGGGUAAAACCAUGUAUGCAAGGGAAAGUAGGGAGGGGAGGCAGGCUCUGUCUGUGCUGCAGAACAGAGGAGAGAAGCAGCCAGAAUGAAUUAUUGCAGCAACUUUGUACAGGCAAUUUGAUAAUGGAGACCAAGAACAGGUAAGUCUAUACACAUUUUGGUGACUUUCUCUUUUUUUUUUUUUUUUUUACAUAGUUUUUGCUUCCCAAAUGGGGUUAUGCAGGAGAGGUGUGUCUAACAGCAAAAGUAACACCCACUGAAAAUAUGACUUGUGAUUUCAACAAGAGACAGGGGUUAUGGAAAUACAAUAAAACAUGAGCUUUUAACCGUAUUAUGGGAAGAAACACUUAACAGUAUAAUGUGAGUCAAGCCAGAUGGUUGGUUAGAGGGACACUAUAGUCAUCAUAACUUUAGCUUAAUGAAGCAGUGUUGGUGUAUAUAUUAGACCCCUGCAGUCCCAAAGUUCAAUUCUCUGCCAUUUAGGAGUUGAAUCACUUUGUUUAUACAGCUCUAGUUGCACCUUCCUUCCAUGUGACUUACAUUGCCUUCCUAGACACUUCCUGUAAAGAGUAAUCUUUUACACUUUCUUUAUUGCAAAUUUUGUUUAAUUUAAAAUGUUAUCUCCUGCUCUAAUAGCUGCUCUAGACCCUACAGGAGCCUCCUGUGUGUGAUUAAAUUUCAAUUUUACAGAGCAGAAGAUAACAUUUAAAGUAAGUUAAAAUAAACCUUUUCUUAUUUAUGUUUUGAAAAACUAAUAUUUGUGUUCAGCGAAGUCUCCCAAGUAAAACAGUACCCCCCAUGUACAGGUUUUAUGGUGUCUUGGAAAGUUAUAGGGUUAAAUAUAGUGCUAGCAAAUUAAAUUCCCUAUACGUUCGGCAUGGGUUGUCAGGCAGGUCCUGCUAAUUGUAAUUAAUAUACCUAAUUUUGGUAUAAUGUAUAUAAUUUUUUAUUUUUUUUUUAACACUGAUUUUAACUUAAUUUUAUUUCUUUUCCAGCCAGCAGGGGGACUGUCAUUACAGGCAGUCCCCCUGUUGGCAAUGCAGCAGCCAGCUAACCCGGCCAUGUGAUUGAGAGGUCCUCGCAAGGACCUCGCCCUCACAUAGCCGGGGGGUGGGGGGCAGGAUCCACUGCGGGGGACUCCCUGGGAUCCCAGGUGAGUCUCCCUAACCGCGAUCGCAGACAACCGGGUAAGUAAGAGCCGCUUAGAAUAGGGUGUAAUAGUACGCCGUCUGGUUUUAAGGGGUUAAGCUGAAGUUGUUCAGGUGACUAUAGUGUCCCUUUAACUUCUAAAUGGCAGAGUAUUGAGCAGUGAAACUUCAGAGGCUUGAUCUAUACACAAAAACUGUUUCAUUAAGUUAAAGUUGUUUUGAUGACUAUGUCCCGUUAACUGCACACCUAUAUCAUGACCGGUUAAACAAAGCAUUUAACUUAAAGCAGUUGUUGGCCCAGAAAUGUUUAUAUUCAGUGUCUCUACUUUGUAACUAUGCAUAACAAACUGAAAUAACUUUGACUCAUUGAUUUAUAGCUUAUUGGCUUUACAGCUGUGAUUUGGGGUUCAUAUCCUAAAAAUAUCUUAAAAUUAUCUGGUCUAUAUUUGAAUUUUUAGGUUUUGUUUUUUUUUUUCUUCAAUUUUCUUGUAAAGAGACUUGCAUAUGUUUAAGGCAUGUUACUCUCAUGACUUUGAUAACUAUAGGGUCAGAUAUGAAUGGUGUGGAUUCCGCAGAUGGUGCCAGCACCCUGGGAACAAGUGAACAGCUUCUGAGAAGUACUCCAAAAAAUGUACCACUUGUUGUCUGGGAGUUUGAAGUUCCAAAGGUAAAGAUCAAUCUAAUCUAUUUGUGUUUUUUUUUUUUUAUCAUCUGUUGACAGGUGUAAAUGAGACAAAGCAAUGACUUGCUCAUCUAUUUGUGCACGUAGUUUUGUAAUCAUCCAUUUCCCUCUUGCUGACCACCUACAGUAACAGUAUUCAUAAUUAGAUAUGUGCAUCAGCACCCUAAAGCAAACAUCUUAUUGGACAUUUUAGGGGUUUUGUCCCCAGUCAUGAGUUUUCCUCCAUGUUCAAAUAUCUUAAGUCUACUUAAAGAGAACUAUGUUUUGUUGCUUUCUACAGCAGUGCUGCAAUAUUUCCACUCCCUACUAGCCAUUAGCGAAUAUUAAUCUGCCCAUAAAUGUAGAAAUUCACCCCAUGUGUAUGUUGUGGUUUGCAGUAGUGACCAACUUUUAGUGCCUGGCUAGUAGCAUAAGACUUCAGAUUUUAAGAGCUGUUCUACAAUAUAACCCUGUACCUGCAUAAUGCUUCCUCUUUUUACAAAGAAACUUCUUUAUUAGAUGUAUUCUGAGUACAUGCUCAGCCAAUGAGCGGUUAGCGAGACAUGGGAUGCUUACUUUACCCUGCCUCCUCAGGCAAUUACUGUCCUAAUAUUUGUAUAAUAUUUCAAAGCUGUGCAAAGGGGACGAAUAAGAGAGCAAAGGAGUAAUAUCAGCAUCUCUGAAUAUGUACUCCUAGUUAAUUUAACAAGGACGUUGCUUUGUGAAAAGAGGCAAUGUAGCUAAAAGUACAGUGUUAUGAUUCAGGAAGCUGCAUAAUCGUUUGUUUUGCUAUUUAAAUAAAGUGAAUGUGAAAAACAUGGAUAUUAUGAUACAUUAUAUCAAGGGCACUUAAGGUAUGAUGGUGCGCAAGAGUGUGACCAGAAUUCCUUUAAAGAGAGACUCUAUAGUGCUAGGAAUACAGAUUUGUCUUCCUAACACUAUAGUGCCUCUGGACACCUACCCCUCCCCCCGGCACAGAUGUCCCUUGCUACUGGGUUGAUAUUCUGCCUCUUCAGUAAUCCGACCUGGGACUUAAUGCGCAUGUGCGGUGAGUGUAUUAGGCCCUCUCCUUAGGAAAGCAUUGAGUCAAUGCUUUCCUAUGGGGGUUUCACUGACUCUCGAUGUGAGGACUUUCAGAGACUUUUUGGUGACCAGAAUCUAGUAAAUUCCUGGAGUCACCUCUAGCGCGUCUCUGGUAGACAGUCACUAGAGGUUGCUGGACGAAGACAAUGUAAAACAAUUCGGCUAUGGAGAAACGGUUUACAUUGCAGGUCUAGGUGGGACAGUGCGCUUAAUAGAUUGGGUCAAGCCUCAAGAGGACACGAUAGCAAUUAUAUUACCCACAAAUAAAUAUUCAACAAAAGCUCAAAAACAGAACUUAGAAUACAGAAAAGAAAGUAGUAAGGAAUUACUUUAUUUGCCAAUUGGAAAUAAGACAUAACGAAGUGAAGCAUAAGUGAGUUAAGUGGGGAAAAAAUAAAUCUUAAAAUUGGAUGGCUAAUGGGCAUAUACACAGAACAAAAUUAAAAACGCAACACUUUUGUUUGCCCUAAUUUUUCAUGAGCUGAACUCAAAGAUCUCAGACUUUUUCUAUGUACACAAAAGGCCUAUUUCUCUCAAAUAUUCACAAAUCUGUGUUGGUAAACACUUCUCCUUUGCCGAGAUAAUCCAUCCACCUCACAGAUGUGGCAUAUGAAAAUGCUGAUUAGACAGCAUGAUUAUUGCAAUGGUGUUUCUUAGGCUGGACACAAUAAAGGCCACUCUAAAAUGUGCAAUUUUAUCUGAUAGCGGCCCUGAAUGGGGGCGAAAACAAGUGUGUUUAUAAUUUUAGUGUAUUAAUAGAGGAUUAGAUAUUCUUUCAGAUAGAUACAUAAAGUUUAUAACUAUAUUGGUUACAAUGUUGCAAUGUUAUCACACUUGCAACAAAAGUAAAGGCAUAAGUAUCAAAAAUACACUAUUAACAAAAAAGAACACAAGAACUGACCAUUUGGGAGAGAAGCCCUAAUGUAGAGAGAGUAACCUUAAUAAAACAUAACUUUUUUUAAUAUAAUUGUAUAAAUAUUUAAAAUACUUGACAUGAAUAUAGUGGAUUCAAUUAAUAUCUAUAAUAGGAAAAAUCCUACAAAAAUAGGAAAAUAUCAAAUUUUUAUAAACAAUCUAAAUGUUUGUAUGUUAAUCUAAAUGAAAUAUUGAAAAAAAAUAAAAAAAUAACAAAUGCUGUUCACCAUAACUGGGUGAUAAAAGUGGAAUAAUUGCACUGAGAUGUAAACGAAAAGUAAAGUAACUUAUCCAAUACCUAAUUAGCCGGAGGGGGAGAUGAAACAAAAUUGCAAAUAUAGUAGAGCGAGGAGAAACCCUACAGGGUAAAGAUACUGAUCGUCCCUACUCUGCUGUUCCUUGGAGGGCACCCCCCAACCUCCUCUCUGGAGAAAAAAAACUAAAUAUCCUGAUGAGCAGAGACGCUGUAAAGGCAUCUCGUGGGUGAAAUUGGCUAAAUAGAUUGCAACAAAAAGAAAUUAAAAUAAAAGGAAAAAUACAGUAUAAAUAGUAUGUCUCUAAACUAACACCAUACACCUCAACGUCCCUAACAUGCGUUUCGCCGUUAAGGCUCUUCCAGGAGACCAAAAGCAUCAAAAAUAUUGCAUAAAAUGACCGGUAAAUCUAGCUAUAUUCAAUGUAGAUAUUUAAUUUAGAUUGAUUAAUUUAUAAAUGAUCAGCCCGAUUUUUUUUUUUUUUUUAAAUAUUCAUUGGAAGGGAUCAUUGGGGCCAACUGGUAUCCACACAUGAAUAAAAGACUCCUUCGAUAAGAUUAAGCUAGAAUACUGGCAAUCUAACAAAUUUUUGUAAAAAUUCUCCAGGCGAUUAACAUCCUCAUUGGAAAAUUGUCACAAGUUUGUUAAAAAAACAAACAAAAAAAACCUGUAUGAUAAACAUUUGAUAAUCCCUUAGGCAAUAAACUGCAGUGAAUCUUAAAUUGGUUAGAUAUUUUAACAACUUGAAUGCCAACAGUAAGUAUAGAGAAACUAGUUCAACAGAUUGCUCCAAUUACGGUAUUAUAUUCAAUUUAUACAUAGUAUUAAAGAUCUCUGAAUUAUUUAUACAAAUAGCACAUCUAAGAUCUGUAAUCGAUUGCAAGGCAAUUUUGGCCGAUAUAGGAGUAUUCCAAAUCUUGGUGGCUUUAUUUUUCACACAAUUGGAACUAUGAUAUUUGAACGAGAGUGAUUAGGCAAUUGGAGUAGAACGAAUGUGUGUGAAUAAUCUAUGGUUCAGGAGUUUAAACACUUAUUCUAGAUCUAAAUGUCCCUUUACAUUAGAGACUCUGAUAUCCUAAUAAAAAUUGAGGAAAAGUUAUAAUAAAUCCUAGUCUGAAAAAUCCACCCCUAAAAGCUGCUUUGAGGCUUUUACGAGGGUCACUAUCUCAAAGGUACAAAAACCUCCUCAGAUUCAACUGCUUUGAGGCAGUCCCCUUCGUACCAGUCAUUUAAUUAUAGAGAGAAUAUUGUUGGUAUGUCUAAUAGUGUCUACAUUAGCUAUCCAAGUCUAAAACAAAAGGAGUGUCCACUCAGCACACUUUUCAGCGCUUCCAAUCGCUUUUCUCAAGCGCAUAAGUGUGUAAGUGGGACAGUGCACCCAGACCAUUUCAAUUAGCUGUGUGGUCUGUGCCUAUAGUGUCCCUUUAAGCAGUGCUUGUCAGAUGUUACCAAGAAUAGGUAUAUUUGAAACAUUGCGUUUCAGAAGGUUUAAAACCAGUUCAUUCCAUUGAAUUGGUUAAUUUCCUGGAUACCUCUUUUGCUGAGACGUAAUAGAUUGCUUUAUACCAGGCUUCCCCAAACUCCGGCCCUCCAGAUGUUGCUGAACUACAACUCCCAUGAUUCUAUGAAUUAAAUAGGCGGAGAAUCAUGGGAGUUGUAGUUCAGCAACAUCUGGAGGGCUAGAGUUUGGGGAAGCCUGGUUUAUUCUUUGCCAUCCUCGUAUCUAGCAAUCUCACACAAAGGGAGCAAUGUAGGGCACUAGCUACUAAACAGCUAAUAUUGAAAAAUCCCGAAAAUCUUUAUUUUUUUAUUUUUAUAAUAGAUCUUUCAGCAGGUUAUUGGAUAAGUACCAAACUUUUGGGAUUGCUAUAUUUGAGAAUACCAAACUAGGAAGCUAUAUUAUGCAACAAUCUCGUAUAAUCAUACGUACAUUUACACACUUAUAUGCACAUAAUCAUGAUUACAUAAAUGUUCACAUACAAGCACAUGUGGUUUUUAUUUAAGAGGUCCAUCCUACUUUCUUAGGAAGAGCCAAAGUGGAUACUCUCCCUGGGGUACAUUGGUUACACAGUGGUGCUUACACUGCACAGCUCCCAUGUGUACCUUGUAGUGAUCGCAAUGACGGAGUUAUGUCACAUCUUGGCUUCUGGCACACUACAGGGCAGUGAGGGAGAUGUGCAGGAAAGAACACCAUGUACAUAGCACACUUACUGCCCAAAAAACGAAUACUGAUUUUCAUCAAUUAAAAGCUUUAAAUUAUUUUUGCACACAUACAUUGUCAUAAACUCACCUUUGAAAAUAUAUAUGAAACUGAUACUGUCCUGGUUAUUUUUUUUUAAAACGUUUCAGUAAAUGCAGUUACACUCUUCCAUAAUAUGUAGUUUCUAUCUUUAUUACCUACACAAAUCAGAUUUUUAUUUAGAGUGUGUAAAUUUUUUUUUUUUCUCCUGUUCUUUCUUCAACAAAGCACUUGGUUGGCCGACUGAUUGGAAAACAAGGUCGGUUUGUGACGUACCUGAAAGAGACUUCUGGUGCCAAAAUUUACAUAACGACAUUGCCUUUUACACAAGAAUUCCAGUUGUGUCACAUAGAAGGUGAGUAGAAUUGUUCUAGUAAAGUCCAAAAUUAAGAAUGAAUAAUUUCAUUUAUAACUGUUAAAUUGUGAUACAUAGUGUCAGGACUUAAAAGUUGUAGCUUCAUGCUACUAGCCAAGCCUUAUAGAGAUACUCCAAUUUUUUUUUAAUUUUUUUUAUAAAUUUGCUCAAUGCCCUAUAGGACCUCAUACUUUAGGGAUAUAAAAGUAAGUGUUACUGGCCUAAUUCCAGCGCCAGGUAAAGCUCCUGGCAUUUCUCUGCACAUCUUAUGUCACAGGAAUGAGCAGAGGUCCGAUUAAAUGCUUCUCAUAGAGAAGCCUCUGAUUGCACCAUUUUACCUGCUCAGCUAAGAAGGGAGAAAAGGCUAGGUGGAAUAGGAAGUCUGGGAGGGCUGCAUUCAGUGUGGGAGAGCUGUGCCUGCAAGAGAAGCAUAGAACGUCUGUUGCUAGUAUGCAAAACGAGCUGACAGUUGUGAAAUAUGAUAUCCAAAGAACUGACAAUAUUCCAGUCUGUCACGUGUGCCAAUGGUGCAACUAGAUACCACCAUAACUAUCUCAAAAAGCACAAGCAGACAUUGUGUUUGGUGCAAGUCUUUAAGUUACUCACCACUGCAAGCCAUAGCAUACUCUCCAGGUGAGAACUACUACUUGCCAGGGUAAAAUUAUCGUUUGCCAAUUGCUAGUGACAAAUGGCAAUUUUGGGCAAUUUUGCUGCUAUUUCAGUUUAGCUCAAACUUUUUAUCUAAAUGUCAGUGAUUUGUAGUGAAUUCUGAAUUAAUUCACACCCAACUUUUGACUGUUCCCCAAAAUUAUGCUCUUUGAUAUGUUUAACCAGAUGUCUGCCUUGAUUUAAUAUUUUUGGAUAAACUUUAAAUUAUGUAAUAUUUUGAAAAAUAAUUUCAAUAUAUUAUGUUAAAUAGUUUUAAUAUUAAAAUAUAUAAUUUAAUAUUACAUUCUUUUUUUUUUUUAAGUUCAUGCAAACAUAAUAAAAUAUUUGAGAAUAUUAAAACAAGGUCAUAAUUGGCCAAAAUGAACUUUUCACUUGACAUAAAGCUGGCUUUCUCUGUAAAUUGUUAGACUGUUGAAGGUCUUUAAAGGGACAUGGUGUACAGUGGUGGUUGAGAGCCAUCAUAGCCCAGAGACUCAUGGCACCAUAGACCAUGACUACGAAUUAAAUCUCUCCCUCUUAUGUCAAAUUAGUUAUGUUUUCCUUUUCUAUUUGACAGGUUCUCAGGAGGCAGUUGACAUUGCACUUGACUUAAUUUCCAAGAAAUUUAGAGAUCUUGACCUAACAAACUUUUAUCAACCACCGUUAUUGCAAAGGCAAGGUUCUCUUCCUACAACAUCUUGGGUAAGUUCUUUGUCUAGAGCAAUGUAUAUAAACACAUGAAAUUUGAAAACCAGUAGUUUAAGAGAGCACCAGUUUAUGUGGCAAAUGUCUUUGGAUAUGAUUUGAUGCAUUGUGCUUGCAAAUGUAUGUUACCUCCUCUGGAAGAUUUAAGCUUAUUCCUGUUGGCUGAAGACAAUAAACUAUUUUAUUUACACACCCAUAUUUCUGAUAGGUUAGAACUAGAGGGGAAUGUGUGUAUAUAUUAUAUAAAAUAUGAAGUUCAUAAAAAAUGCAGUUAAAUGUGUCCUAGUUACAACAAAUAGAUCGCACAAGCAUGACGCAGCUUUAAUUUAACAAUGUUUUGGUAGAAAUGUGUGCUAAAAUAUUAAGAGAAAGGUAGGAUGAGAGAAGUGUACCUGCAUGGGCAUGCGGUCAAUUACUUGUUUUGGAAAUCUGGUGCCAAGAGUGUCUCCUACAGCCAUUAAUAAAGCUAAUAAAAGUUAAAAUCAGAAACGUUUCGCAAACAUUUCAGCCUGACAAAGUAGAAGCAUCUAUAUUGCAAUCUGCCAGAUAUGUGAACAAACAGGACCUGUACAAUACCCGGAGGUCACCUUGACAGUUUAGAGUUUUGAGCUACUGGACAAAGUCAAUCUGAGAUUACUAAUUUUCCUUGCCUGUCCUUGAAUAGCUGCUUACAUGUUUUUUUUUCUUUUUUUUUUUUUCUUCCAUUGUGGUAAAAUGACAGCCUGUAUAUGCACCUUUAAAUUACAUAAUUGUAAACUUCUCAAUGAACUUAACAAAAUCUUGAGUGAUGUCACAUGAAAGCAGCCGUUCCUCUUAACUUUGUCAAGUAUGGUGCUCUGUAAGAAAUGUAGCCAAAAUGUUAAAGGAUCACUAUAGGUUCAGGAACACAAACCUGUAUUCCUGACCCUAUAGUGUUACCACCAUCUAGCCCCUCUGGGCCCCUCAUGCCUCCAUAAAUAUAGUAAAAAUCUUGCUGUAUUCAAGCCAGAAGCUGUAAAUCUGCAUGCUGUUAGACUCCGGAAAAACAAGCAGUCUGCUGACUUGUGAUAGGCUGAUCCAAUCACGGUGCUUCCCCUUAGGAUUGGCUGAGACUGACAAGGAGGCAGAUCAGGGGCAGAACCAGCAUGAUUCAAACACAUCCCUGGCCAAUCAGCAUCUCCUCAUAGAGAGGAAUUGAAUCAAUGAAUCUCUAUGAGGAAAGUUCAGUGUCUGAAUGCAGUGGGAGGAGAUACUGAAUCACAGGAUGCUUGUGCACAGCAGAUCUGAGUGGAUGGAGGCAUAUUAUCCCUCCAACUCAGAAGUCCCUCUGGUUCACUCUGACUGCAACUGGAGGUGUUCCUAGCUUUCAAUGUAAACACUGUAUUUUCUCAGAAAAUACAGUGUUUACAUGAGAGUGGCUGCUAUAGUUCUCACCUGAACAACCUCAUUGAGCUGAAGUUGUUCAGGUGACUAUAGUGUCCCUUUAAAAGGAGUGUAGUUACUAUACCAAUUUCAUCUCAUUUAAUUGGUUAUAAUGCCUAGAGUUCCUUGGCACCAUCGCUUAUUCAGUGCAGUUGAGCACGAAUGGUCCUUGGCCACCCACAGCCUGAUUCCUACUGGAGGUGUCACUAAAGCAGAGAUUACGCUUUUUCUUAGUCACGCUCCUCAUACUACAGUUGAGCUCUGAUUGUCUGAAAGUGUCAGCCAACUGCAUUUAGCCUAUCACAGCACAUAAUUUGGAAAGAGGGGAGUCACUUAUUUCCCCUUAGCUAUGGUAAAUGACUUAUGAUAUAGCUUAAUCGGAUUUACGAGAAUAUGUAUAAAACAAUCCUAUCCCCUUCAAUAUAUUCAUUCUUCUAUUAGACUGUCUGUCGUUCAAUAAAUAACCCCCCCCCCCCUCCAUACUUCCUUAGACUAGGGGUGUUCAACAUUUGGCACACUAGAUGCUGUGGACUACAUCCCCCCGCCGCCGAUGCUUGGCUAGCAUUAUGGCUAUCAAAUCAUUGAAGAUGUAGUCUACAGCAUCUGGGGUGCCGAACUUUGCCUUCCACUGCAUUGGACUGUAUAUUAUUGAUUUUCACCAACUGAUAAACAUGUUUUGCAAGCUGUAAAUGUGUAUACCUUGCAUGUUCUAGCUGGUGCUCCCAGAAGGUGUCACUAUUGAAGUGGUUGUUUCCAGCAUAGCCAGCGCCACUCAUCUGUUCAUCCAGCAGCACACACACCCAACGUAUCAUGCUCUAAGCACCUUGGACCAGCAAAUGUAUUAUUGCUACAUGGAACCUGGUAUUCCCACUCUUCCAACUCCAGUAGAAGGUGAGUUAACAAAUCAUACAAUGGAUUUGGUUCAUCAAUUAAAAUGUACAUGUAACUACACUAAAGGAUUUUUACAUUUGUUGUGAAGUAGUGUUCAAAACAUCAAAAUUAAAACAUCAGGUUUUACAUCCCAUAACUGUGCUGUUGACACAUUUUACCUUUCUGUCCUUUUCCAUGUCAGUUUAUAUUAAAAAAAAUCCUGUAUUUAGAUCAUAAACCUUAUUCUUUUCCACUCCAUGAGCUUCAUUGGGCUUCUUUUGGCUCCACUGAACAAAGUCAUGCCUUUGUGACACUAUAGAAAUUGUAGUCCUUGUGGUGACAGAAGUGUUUCUUUAAGAUUCCCAUUACACCCCUAAUGAGAAUCCUGAAGGACUGCCAGUUUUUACUUCUGGCACUGAAGAAAGGAAUUUGCAUUUAUGUACCUAGAGCUGUUUUUAAAAGGAACAAUUCUGGGGCAAAGAGGUUAAAGCCGCACUGUCAUGCAGAACUUGCCUUUCCCUAAUCUAUUCCUAUUCUCUCCCUCUGUCACAAUCUGUACUUAAUUUCUGCCUGUUUGCUCUAGUUUUCUUUAAAACAUAAGACAAAGUAGGGACUGUUUGUCUUAUGGAGAUUUCCUAUGCCUGACCAUCUAUGAUCAGUGGAGGAACAAAGUGUGCCCUGUGUAAGAAAUUUUCCCACAAUUCUUGCCUUUCCUCCGUGAUCUCGAGAUGCUUCCUGUCAGUAUUUCCGAACGUCCUAUCAUUUUAGACAGAACACUGCGAAACUACCGAAUUUCGUCAUUACAGAAUGAGAACAGCUUCUCCAUUCAUGUUAGGAUGCAAUUCAGGACUUUGUUCGGAUCAGAAUUUCAUUUGAAUGAAUGAAAUUCCGAUCUGAUUGAUCUGUAAUGUGACUGCAUCAUGCAGCCGCUUAGUAGAUGGCUCCCUAAUUCCCAUGGCAUUUGACUCAUAACACUGGUUGCUUUCAAUUUGAUUUUUUUUUUGCGCUUUUUUUAUCCCAACAGUAAGCAUGUUUAGUAGUCAUGCCCCUACUCACGGCAUAGGGAGUAGGGGCAUUCAGUAGCUUUUAAUCUCCCUUAUGCUAUUAUGGGGGUCAUAAUGACCCCCAUAGACUGAGGGGCUUAGGAAGUGGCGGGGGGUACUGCUCCCUGCCGUUUCUAUUUUUACAUAUUACAAGGAGGGAUCUGUGUGCUGGUCUUCGUUCAUUCGUUUUAAAUUUCUAUUCUAAUGAAUGAAUAGAUGAAAUUCCUGUUUGCAUGCCCAAGUGUUUAACUGGACAUGCGUGGGAAUUUCACAGCGCUAUGUAGUGUGAGCAGAUGACGUGUCCCACAGGGACUUAAUCUAGCCACACAAAGAUGGCGGCGCUCAGAACCACUGUCCAAGCACGAAAUAAGGAUGCAAAAAUAGGUAAGAUGGGGGGCUAAAAGGCAUUUGGGGUUGACUAGGGGGGGCAGUUAGAUGUAGUGGAGUUGGGGGGGUUAAAAAACAAACUGGAUUUGUCCAUGAGAGUGCCACUUUAAAUGUGAAGUUCUUAUCAUGCAAACCAUUAAAAAUAGUAUUUCUGGAGAUGGCUUUUUAACAAGCAUUUAUCCUUUUUGAAUAUGCUACAUAAUGAACAUUCCGGACAUCCCCUUGUUGGGUUUAGGAUCCAGUAACUUUUUCUGGUUGGACUGUGGUUUAGAUGUCUGGUCCAAGGAAACGUGUAAAGAAAAAUAUAGUGGUGAAACACAAGUGUGUAAAGCUAAAAAGUAGGAGAGAGAGUGUAAAAGAUAUUGAACUAAUAAAGUAAGAGAAUUGCAAAAAUAGUACCUCAAUACUGGAAAAACAGGGGUCAUCAAAAUCUCUGGCGGAAAAAAGUCACUAAAAUGUUAGUGGAUCCAGGAGCUAACAUGAAAUCAAUAGUAUCAAUAAAACCAUACAUGACUGCAUGCAUAUAGAAUAAAUAGGAACAAUAUAGUUAGUAAAAAUCACAAUGUGAUAGUGUCUCUAAAAAUAAGUGUAUCCAUAUAAUAACAUCCUAUGUAUGUUAAAUAUAGGAUGAUACGGUCAAUUCACACUGAAUUGGUCUAAUUACUGUAAAUCCGUAAAUGUAUAUAAUAUACAUACACACAUUCAAUCAGUAUAGAGGAUGGAUUGCCAUAGCGAUAUAGGUGUCCAGUGCUGCUCGGAUUCCCACCUUUAUUGUAGAUUUAGACUUCAGAAGAAAUGGGACCGGCCAAUGCCAAGUGGAGACUGGUUUGGAAGCACAGCUGACUUGAAUAAUUUUUCCUGUUAGGGUGUUUUUGGCCAUAAAGGGAUACUCCACUGCCCAAAUAAAAAAAUGCUUUGAGCAAUUGCUGCCUCUUGCGUUUAGUUCCAUUGAGCAACACACCAGGAAAUAAUGGGGUCGGUUGUCUGUUUAAUCUUGUUUGUUUUUUGGUUUUUUUUUUCCCCUUAAUAGUUCACAGCAAACAGCUGUUCAGGGUUUGCCAACAAGUGUUUUUUGCUGUGCCAAUCAUGAGAAAUCAAGAUGGUUAUCUGGCAUUGGUUCAGAAUGCAUAUUGAAAACACGUUUAACACUGUUGGAACUUCUGUCUUUGAUAAAGUAAAGAUAAUAUUGUAAAUCUAUCAUUGCAGUUGGUACAAUUUGUGCUGCUCCUAAUGAAAAUAACGAAUGGUGGAGGGCCCAGGUUGUGUCUUAUUUCCCAAACACUGAAGAGGUUUUCAUCCGAUACGUGGAUUACGGAGGUUAUAAGAGAGUAAAAAUUAAGACUUUACGUCAGAUAAGGUGAGUUCAAGUAUUAAGCACCUCAUUUAAAAAAAUUUAUAUUUCAAUUUAUAUUUCAAAAAAAAAGUUAUAUUUCAAUUUAACUGCCCUUUUCUCAAAUCUUAUGUGACACUAAUAUGCAAAGUUAGUGCCAUAUAAGAGAACGUACUAUUUGUUUUUAAAAUAAGCAUUUUUGAAAGAUUAAUUUGGGGCAUUGUAGCAGUUUAAUAAUUCAAACAACCUCAUCAAUGCAUACCAUUUGUGAAAGUAUAAAUAAAGCGGUAUGGUAUAUUUUGAACCUUAUUAUUGAGCUAUUUUAGCACCAUUUUCUUAACUUUAUUGUAUUGCAUUUUUUAGAUUUUUUUUUUUUUUUUACAUGCACAUUGCAAUUUGAGCAGUUAUUGUAAACAUAAUAUGUUCUAUUGUAAUAAAAAUCACUAAAUUGUGUCUAUCGGAGUAUAGAAUUUGACCCCCUUUUGUAUACCUUUGUCAAUUGUUGGAGAUUAUUCAUAGCUGAAUUUGAAACUUGCUCAUUGUAGUUGUUCAAAGAAUUGACAAAAUUAAGAUGGAUCUGUGGUGCAUUUUAGUAGCUCACCUAUUUCAAUUACUCCACAAAUGCAUUACCUUUGCAAAAGUGGCCAACACGGCGACUAACACGUGAUUGAUUUAUUUUAGGCUUUCUUGAGGGGCCAUUUAAUUUAUUUUUUCACACCAUGUGGAUACUUUUGCAAAGUUAUAUUUUUAAUUCUAGUCUAAUUUCUUCAUCCUAAACACGAAGUCUAGACCAAAUCCUAAUUCCAAAUAGAACCCUAAAUCUAAUAAACCUCUCAGUAAUCCUAACCCAAAUGCUAACCUUAAUCACUAUCCUAACCUUAUAAAUAGUGGUAGAAUGACUCUCUUGCUGAUUUUAAGCAUUUCCUUGCCGGCCCCAAUCCUAGAAGUCUAUACCCUAAUUAUUCUACACAUAUUAAUCCUUGAUUUAAUCCUAAUCCCAAAUGUUUCCCCCUAAUAUCAGUACUGAUGGUAACAGUGUAUUUUGAGACAAUAGUAUGUUGCUGCCAUCUACUUGCGAUCUUCAUAAUGACACCUUCAAAAAGCUUGCAUUGAACAUUUUAUGCAACUGACAGCCCAGCACUAAUCAAAAUGCCGUUCAGACCCCGUCAGUUUUUCUGGCACUAGAUCCAGUGUCGAUCUAUUGUCGUAGUAAUAAACAUGGCUCCAAUUACAUUAUUCUCCUUUUGCUUGCUUGUCGCCUAACAUUUAAGUAAUGAAAUACUUAAUGCUAAAUAUCUCCAUGUAUUUGAAGAUGCAUACAUCAUUGGUAUAAAUGCGCACAAUUGUUUUGUUUAAAAAGUGUAACAUUUUCCCCCAAAAUUUUACAGGCAUAUAAUUAAAAUGUUGCUUCAGGAUGAAGUUUAUUUAACAAAGGAGCAUAUUUUGCUUUUCCCAUAGAUCUGACUUUGUCACUCUGCCUUUCCAAGGAACAGAAGUUUUGUUAGACAACGUUGCACCUAUUCAUGGUAAACACAUUUUGCAUGGUUCCUGGUAUUAUUUUAUAUUUCUACCUUUUUUUUUUUUUUUUUUUUUUUUUUUUUUUUUUUUUAUGUUAAUACUUUAAACAAACCUCAUUGUGUGGUGAACAUAUUUAAGUCUGAUUUGUUACUCUGGCAAAAAAUAAAAAUAGACACACUGCGAAUUGGAGAAUUUUUCUGGAUCAGCUAUUUUUAGAUUUUGUUAUUUGAUUUUUAUUUUGCUAAAACUCAUUUUUGAGUAAGCUGAUUGGUGGGAUAAGCAGUCUAACUGUGAAUUGUCAGGAAUGUAAAAUUAAUUUCAGAUCACAUGCUCCAAUAGCUGAAUUUGAAAUCUUUCUUACGAACACUGCUUACAGGGUUAUUUAAAUAUUCGUCCAUUAUAGCCCAACUGAAAACCGCAAACACACCUAUUGAAUCUUUCUGUCAAAAUAUGCCAAAAACAGACAAGUAUUGAAUAUACUUGUUGGUGCAAAUCUAAAGUGCAAAAACAGUGGAGCAUAUAGGAAAUAUAUAAAAAUACCACCUUUUUAUUAGUGUGCCUCUCCACCCCCACCCACUCCAACCCCUCCCCCAUAGUGUACCUCUCCACCCCAUAGUGUACCUCUCCAGUUGCAGUACAACAGUACCUCAUGAUUGUAUUCAUGGAAAAACACACACAUUAUUUGCAGAUUAAUAGAAUAAUCAUGUUUUGCAUGCAGAUUUAUUCAAAUCCAUUACUUUUUUGCUCACUCUUUGAUCUGCAUUUUCAUCCAGCUGUAUUCCAUUGUACACAUUUGAGAACAUAUUCAUGUGUUUUUCUCUCAUUGUAUAGGUGACAAUACCUUUACCACAGAAGCAAUUGAAGCUAUUGGUGAAAUGCUAAACGGUGUACCUUUAUAUGCACAGGUAAAACUUUAAAAUAAAUCUAAAGUGGUUGGUAGUCUACACAAGGUGCAUUAACAAACUACAAAUCUGGUCUAUAAGACUGCUCAAAUUUAAAGGGACACUAUAGUGACCAGAACCACAGAUUAUUGUAUUUGUUCUGGUGAGUAUAAUCAUUACCUUCAGGCUUUUUGCAGUAAACAGUCUUUUUAGAGAAAAUGCAGUGUUUACAUUACAGCAUAAGGAUACCUCCAGUGGGCACUCCUCAGAUGGCUGUCUCCAUGCAGUGUCUCUACUGCAUGGAGACACUGAUCUUUCCUCAUAGAUAUGCAUUGAUUCAAUAAAUCUCUGAGCAGAUGCUGAUUUGCCAGGGUUGUUUGACUUGUGCUGGCUCUGCCUAUGGGAAAGCCUUGUGAUUGACUUUUGAUGUCAGCCAAGCAGGCAGAUCAGGGGCAGAGCCAGCAGCAGCAGACUGGAAUAUUUAUAGGUGGGGGGGGGGGGUUGCCUGUUAAAGUUUUGACUGAAUUUAAAGGGCUCUGAGCAUCACUUUCAGCUCUGCUUAGAACUAGUCUGUCUGGGGCCACUGAAAAUGACCCCAGCUGACUGAGGAGCCCCAUGUAAUCAUUUAUACCUGGGGCUACUGGUGUGAGCAUGGAUGUAAGCUUUUCAUGGUUAUUGUAUGUUUACAAAUUAAAUAUUUCAUUAACAUAACAAUAACUUUACACUGACAUUUACUUAGCUGAUCUUGAAACUAUGCUUUAGUUUUUAUUUUGCUGUAAUUUUUUGUUUUUUUUUGUCAGCCCUUGAAUAUUCCAGUUUGUAGCCAGUGACUCAGUCGUCAUUUAACUGCUUUUAUCUUAUUUCUAUUGUCCAUAGUCUGAGCAUGAAAGGAUUGGCUAGCUAUGUAUCUAGCAAAGACACCAUACCAUUUAUUCCUAACACAUCGUGGCAGUACCAGUGGGUUUUGUAUCUUUCUGAUGGACAAGCCAACUGUAAACAAGUAAAUUAAGAAUUUAAAUAAUCCCUCCUACUUAGCCCGGUAUUCUUUCUUGUUCCAUUUGCGACGGACAUACUGACGGAACUUAGUCUGGUGAGGCGCACAGGUUGCUGUCUGGGGGAUCUGGCCGAAAGCUCGCUGGGUGGUGAGCUGAGUGCCCCACUCUGAAUCCUGGUUACAGAGCAGUUGGAAGUCUGCCUUCUUAUGCUGUGUAGAGACCAGCGCUGGGUAAGAGACUGUCCCAGGUGAUCUACCAAUCGAAUUGCGAGCUUGGAGCUUGCGCAUGGAGGUGGAACGCACGCCUGGGCAGCUGUGCGUUCCACCGAAGUUCCUAAUUCACAUGUGCAAUUUAGAACUUUACAUUUCGGCGCUCAAUUCAAAAAUGGGUGCCUAUUUAAGUCGUGCAAAUCCUCAGGACAAGCAUGUAAGUUGUUUGUUGAGGGAAUAGUGUCACCAGCCCUCCCCCACUCUUCAGAAGUCUUUAAUAAAAAGAUAAAACCUAUCAUACCUUAAAGGCAUCUGUUGUUUUUUUUUCUUCUGGAUUGGAAAGUUUCUCAAAAUUGCUUUAUUGCUGAUGUCUAGCUCAUCGUCUCCUAAAGACUUGGACAAGGAGAAAAUGUCGGCAUCUGCACCCAAGAAGGCUACAUUUAAAUUGAACUAUAACAGCUGUUCAGAAUGCCCUACUCCACUACCUGAUGGAUGCAAAAAGAAAAUAUGCAAUAGCUGCGCCUCUGAAGAUUUGGAGAAAUUUAAGCAGCAGGAUAUGCAGAAAUUUCUUAACUGGUUCCAGGUUAACCUUUCACAAACAUUUGAAUCUUUUAAAGAAUCAGCUAAAAUGCAUUAUUCUUGAGAGGCAUUCAAAAAAAAUGUAAGCGAGAAAGAUCUCCCUCCCUGUCUGAGUUAUCAUCAGGAGACUGCUCUGACACUGUAUGCUCAUUAAAUUCUAUUGAGGCGUCUAGUGUGGAAAGAUUUUCUGCCGAACACCUGAAAAGAUUCCUUAGGUAACGUCAGUGUUAUCAGAUUGAUUCUACUAAAAAGAUUAAGGGUUUCCCGAUAGACCCGAAGUUGUUAGAAUAUGUACAUAGAGAAUGGAAGAAUCCUGAGAAAAGGGCAUUAAUUUCCAAACAUUUUUUUUUUUUUUUUUAAAGAGCUUAUCAGACUACACGAAGGUUUAAGUUGGGAAUAUCUACCAAAGGUAGAAACGCAAGUGGCACAACUGUCCAAAAAGACCAUACUACCCAUCUGUGAGCUAUCUGGCCUUAAAAAUCCAAUGGACAGAAGAGCAGAGACAUCCUGCAGACAAAUCUUCCAAACAGCAGGGUCUCAAAGUAAAGCUGCAAUUGCGGGAGUAUCUGUCAUGCGAGCACAAAAAAGGAAGGAUUGGAAAAAGAAGCUCCUCAACUUUGACAUAAGAUAAGGUUGGCUAAUGAUUUUAUGCAGGAUUUAUCUGAGAAAGGCCUAAAAUUGUUGGCAUGUUCACUGCUGGGACUUGCUUGAGGAGUCAGAAGGGCUUUAUGGCUGCGUUCCUGGUGCGCUAAUAUGGCAUCGAAGGCUUCUUUAUGUGAACUACCAGCCAGUCAGCAAGCGUUUACCUCCCAGCAGCUCCUCCGUGUAAGUAUCGCGCCCGGCGUGCCGCGCGAAGCGUUGCGAUGGUAACACAUGGCAAUGCUCUGCCAGCCGUGGGUCUUGCGAGACUUGCACUGGGGAGAUGGAGGAGCUGCUGGGAGGUAAGUAAACGCUUGCUACGGGCCCCCCAUUACUGCCGGGUUUGUAAUGAGAUAUCGGUAUCUCAAUUGGCCGAUACGAUAUUGCCGAAAAUACCGAAUAUCGGACGAUUUAUAUUGGUCGAUCCCCAAGUCUGACAACAGCGCGACGGUGGCAUAUAUCAACAGUCUGGGAGGUACAAGAAUCAAAGACCUGCACAUUCUUUGUGGAGAGAUUAUGAUGUGGUCCUUGAAUCUAUUUGAGCAGUCCACAUAAAAGGCGAACAAAAUGUGGUAGCAGACGACCUCAGCAGGAACAAAUGGUCACAAACUAAUUAGUCUCUUCACCCCCAAGUCUUCUCAGAAAUUGUAAAAAGAUUUGGUCUUCCAGUGAUGGAUCUAAUGUCAAGGAGAAGGAACAGAAAAGUGCAGAAGUUUGUUUUACUGUUCAAGCAGGACAACCCACAGGUUCUGGACAGCAUGUCGAUAACCUGUAGUUUCAGCCUGGCAUACCAUUGGUUUUUCCUCCAAUCCCAAUGAUUCGGAGAACUUUACAGAAGAUCAAAGCAGACCAAGCUUAAGUGAUCGCUGUCCUAACCGGCCGAACUGGCGCUGGUUCUCGGCAUUGCCGAACCGGCGCUGGACUACUGGGAGCUUCCAUUCUCAGAUCAACUCCCGGAAAAUGUUCUUCCGUAGAAAGCUAGUCACAUGUUCAGAUUGACGGCCUGGCUGUUGCAAGGUUAAUCUUUAAAAACCAAGGCAUUCCAGAAAACCUCUUUCAUACAACUCUUAACUCCACCAGACCUUCUACAUCUAGAAUCUAUUUAAGAAUUUGAAACAAAUUUCUCCAUUAGUGCGCUCUGCAUGAUUGAUUUCAUUGCUGUCCCAUCUGUCAAGACGAUUUUUCAGUUUCUGCAAGAAGGCUUUGAAACUGGACUCCGUGUCUCUACUUUAAAGGUUCACACUUUUUUUUUUCUUUUUUUCUUUUUUUUUAUUUGCUCCAAGAGUUUCCGUCGUGUCUACGGAUUAGACGUUUCUUCAAGUUCAUUAUUCUUCAAAGACCUCAGACAUUUCAAUUCCCUUCCUGUGAUUAAUAUCUGGUGUUAGUCUUUGUGAAGCUCCAUUUGAACCACUUAAAAAGGUAUCAUUAAGAAUUUUAUGUCCCUCAAGACUAUUUUUUUCUGGUAGCAAUUACCUCAGCUAGGAGAAUUGGGGAGAUCCAAGCCCUUUCCUCUUUGCCAGAAUUCACAAUUUUUCAUCAGGACAUGACUGUGCUGCAUUCUAAACCUUUUUUCCCCAAACGUUCUAUCAAGAAAAUCUCUGAAUGAACCUCUGGUGCUGCCAUCAUUCUAUAGUUCGGGAAGAUCAGAUAAAGAACGGACGUGGCAUAACCUGAAUGUGCGUAGAACACUUUAUCCCGUACUUAUCCCGUUCUGAAGAAUUUAGGUCUUUGGAUCACCUUUAUCAGUUUAAUUUUCACAGAAAAAAGAAGGGUGUGGGAGCAUCUAAACCCACUCUGGCGAGGUGGUUAACAGACUCAAAUUGGCCUAUGAAUUGCACAUUGUUAAAUUACCUUCCUUUAUUAGAGCACACUCAGAGCCAUGUCCACAUCAUGCGUUGAAAAAACCAACGUGCCUCCUGAAGAUGUCUGCAAAGCGGCAACAUGGUCCUCUUUUCAUACCUUCAUUAAGCACUAUUAGACAUCUCAUCCUCUGAGGCUGCUUUUGGGUGCAAGGUGUUCAAGCAGUAGUUUGCUGAGACCCCCACCCUUUUAAUUUUUCAGGGAUCUUGUUAUAUCCCACUGGUACUGCCAUUGUUAGGAAGAACAGAUCUUACCGUAAAUUCUUUUUUCCUUAAUAUAGUGGCUGUACGAUUCCCUCCCUUUUUUUGAUAAUACAUAGUUCCCAAUUUUACAAACUAAUUGGUUCAUGGAGUGAGGGUUCAUGGAGUGAGGGUUCAUGGAGUGAGGGUUCAUGAUUUCCCAUAGACUGCAAUGUAAUAAACAUGGGUUCCGUUCCUGACCAACAAACUUUUCCAUUGAAAACCUUAAUUAUGAAGUACAAAUACAAGAUGAAAGCAUAGCAAAUACAUAUAUGUUGUAAGAACAUUAAGACAUACCAUAUUGAAAUCUUCAUCUGUUAUCUUCCUCCUCAACCACAUGUUGCAAUUGUUGAAUGUAGCACUGCACUUAUUUCUGGUUUGUUUAAGACGCUCCAUGUGUCUCAUUCACCCCCAGCCCCUCCAGGUGUCUCAUUCCCCAUCCCAGUGGCUCAUUAUCCCUUCUAGUGUCUUAUUACCCCCUCCAAGCCCUUCCAGGUAUCUGCUUCCCCCUCUGUCCCAUUGGCCCCUCCCAGCCCCGUCCAUGUGUCCCAUUGGCCCCUCCCAGCCCCGUCCAUGUGUCCCAUUGGCCCCUCCCAGCCCUGUCCAGUGUCCCUGUCCAUGUGUCUAUCCUCCCUUCCCGAUUGUACCUGCCCAUGUGCCUCCCCCCUCCGUUCUGUACCUGAUCACCAUGCUACAGUACCCGGUCUGCCAGGAAGUGCUCUCUCAGUGAACACUUCCUGGCAGACUGCAGUCAGCUCAGCCACACUAAAACAGCGGCAGGAGGGGAGCAGCUCAGCACAGCACUCCCCUCCUACCGAUCUCCAUCAUUAUUAUUCCCCUUUCUCUUCUCCUGCCCACAAACUCUGCUCCUUGGUCUGCAUCCACGGACCGCCGCCGGCACAAAAUGUCGUUUUUUUGUUGUUUUUCAUUUACUGAUGGUCCUGGGGCAAGUCCAGGGUUUUAAAGGGGGGGGAAGUAGAAGGGACUAUUUAAAUUCUUAAAUUAAGUCAGCUUGUCCAUCAGAAAGAUUCAAAACCCACUGGUAAUGCCACUAUAUUAAGGGAAAAAGAAUUUACAGUAAGUAAAAUUUCUUUUUUCAUUUUAUAGGUUACAAAUUAUGAUCUUGCAACAAAGAUUCAAAUGAUCCAGUUAUGGGCUAUGGUAGGUGGAGAGGUGAGUUUUGCACUUUUCAGUGGUGGUGGUAUGUUUCAUUUUAAUGUUUGAAGAAUGUUACACUGCAUAGACAGUAGUGUUUGGCAACAACUUGCCAUGUUUUCAGUAAUGUUAUUAUGGAUAUUCGUCAAUGCUGCAGCUUUCCAUAACCUUGGGAUGGUUUAACGUGUGAAAUAAAUGCAUUCGUUUUUAUGACUAUUGUAUUGUCAUUUCUCAAAGACAUUUUGCUGCCAGGAAAACAUACACAGCUUUGCCCUAUUGCUACUCUGGAUCUCUAACAAGGAUUUGUGGUAUUGUUUUCAAAUGAGUAACUGCGUAGAUUAAUGCAUACUUUGGUGUAUUAGCACUCCACCCUCUCAUCCCCCCUCCACUUUAUAAAGAGAAUGCAUCUGUCCAGUCAUAUCCCACAGUCUGAUUCUCUUUUGUUGGUACUCUGAGUUAUACAAGUAGAAAAGCACAUACUUUAUGCUCAUCUGCAGGGCUUCUUCUGUGUUUAAAAAUAUAGUGGCUUUACUACUCAUACAUUCUUAUGUCCAACACUACACCUGCAAGUGCCCAGGAAUACCAGUGAAGUUGGAUCACGGGGGAACAUUUACAUUGUCUGCAAUAUGUAUUUAUUUAACUUUAUAUUUGACGCUUAUGUUUGUAUAUUCACUUGCUUUGUUCUUGUCUUGCAGGCUGUGUCCAUAAACUCACUCAUUGUGGAAAGAGGCUAUGCUCGCUGGCAAGACACCUAUUAGCUCACCAGCUUGUAAUUUGCUGGAGGAAAAAAGACUUUGUACUCUAUUUAUAAUGAGAUUGUUCUCAGACGUUUUUUUGUUUUGUUUUUAUGAAAUGUUUGCGUCAUCCCUAUUUAACUGACCUCUGAAAGUUUUUUUUUUUUUUUUUUCAUUUGAGGAUUUGAUUGAAAGCCAUACUUUAAAAAGCUUUAAAGCAUUUUUUUCCAUCUUGUCUUGUGUUCAUAUUAAUAUAUUUGUGCACAUCUUUGUAAAUAUAUACAUAAAUUAAUCAAAUUAGAAUAUUUUGUAUUGGAACACUGGAGGCAAAAAAGGAAGCUUAACUAUGUCCACACAAUCUUGUCAACGGUUUGCUUAGGAAAAAAAAACGGUUUUGUUGCACAAAACCUUAUAUUGUGUGUUGAAAAUAUUCUGUACACAAAUGUGUGGUUUGGUUGGGUAUGCCGUAAAGUCUAAUUUUUAUGGUCCUCAAUUUGCUACUUGUACAGAUGUAAAAUAACAAAAUGCAAAUACAGUAUUUGAGUGCUCUUUUUUUAUUUCUUGACAAAUGGAUUUUUAAUCAUGUUAAAGUAAUAUAAAUCCACUGGAAAGGUAUUGUAAAAUGCAUAUAUUUUUGUUCCUGAACCUGUGGUGAGUGGGAGAUAAGAUGUUAAAUAAAGCACUGAGAUGGAAGCAUUAAAAUCUGAAUGAAAUGUCACUUCUUGUUGAAAUAUCUUUUUGUUCAGAGGUUUUCUGCUGCUUUGUACUGUUAGCGGUCUGACUGAAGUUCUUUACAUUGCUUUCUAAAUCUACACAUGGCACACAAUCCAAUAAGCUGGACAUGUGUAUUGUGCACUCCUCUGAACCUGAAAGGGUU